CUUAAAGACUUUCAGGAGUUUAAGACGAAGUUAUCGGAGGUUCGUGUGGAAGGAGAAUGGAAUAUCCCCAAGGAUUCGCUGGCGAAGGCCGUCCACCCUUGCGCGCUUGUCAGCUGCAUGGGCGAGAACUACAGCGAAGACGCCGCGAUGGACAUCGCGAUUGGGUUGUUCGAAGAGAUGAACCAGAGAGACCUCGCUGAGAAACUCCUGGAUGAGAAAGUGAAAGAGUACAAGCGGAAAUACAGAGAACACGUGGCCCGGGAGUUCCUCCGGUACAAAGAAGUGAACUCCUGUCUCGGGGAGAACCUGUCCGUCAGCAGCCGCUACACCGACCUGACCAUUGCCAGGAAGCCUCGGAGCAAGCGCGGAGGUGAGCACGAAGCUGUGGACGCCAGCCGUGGAUGUGCCGACGCCGCCAACGGACCAGCCACCAUCACUGUCACCGCGCAGACGCUGUUUAAACCCAACGAAGACGGGCAAACGCCGCAGGUCGUGGUGCUGGUGGGGGCCCCGGGGAUGGGGAAGACGAUGACGGUCAGGAAGGUGAUGGUGGAGUGGGUGGAAGGGACCCUCUACGCGCAGUUUGACUACGUCUUCUGCAUAGACUGUGAAGACAUUGCCUCUACCAAGGAAGCGAGCGUGGCAGACCUGGUUUCAAAGUGCUGCCCUCACAGGAGAAUGCCGGGUGGGAAGAUCCUGCAUGACCAGAAGAAGAUCCUGUUCAUUUUUGAUGGCUUCGAGGCCCUGGGGUUUUCCUUGGUUCAGCCUGAAGAUGAGCUGAGCUCUGACCCCAGGGAAGUGAAGCCGCUGGAAACCACCCUGAUGAGCUUGUUGAAGAAGACUGUUCUCCCCGAGUCCUCCUUGCUCAUCACCACGAGGCCAACAGCUCUUCAAAGCCUGGGGCGGUGCCUGGAGGGUGAGUAUUAUGCGGAAAUACUGGGAUUUUCGGCAGCCAUGAGGGACGAGUAUUUCCACAGAUAUUUUGAGAACGACAAUAAAGCUGACGUGGCCUUUAGGUUUGCCAGAGGCAACAAGGUCCUCUACAACUUGUGCGUCAUCCCCGUCAUGAGCUGGACCGUCUGCACCAUCCUUGAACAAGAGCUUUACAAGAAGAAAAACCUCAUCGAGUGCUCUAAAGCCACCACGCGGAUGAGCGUGUUUUACCUCUCCCGGUUGAUGAAGUGCAGAGGCAGGGACGACCCGCGGGACCUUCAGCGGUUCCUGUGCAAGCUCUGCUCCUUGGCUGCUGAUGGCGUCUGGAAGCACAAGGUCCUCUUUGAGGAGAAAGAAAUCAAGGACUGUGGCUUGGACCAGCCAGACCUUUUCCCCCUCUUCCUCAACGAGAAGAUCUCAAAGAAAGGCGUAGACCAUGGGAACGUCUACAGCUUCACCCACCUGCACCUCCAGGAGUUUUUUGCGGCGAUGUUUUACGUUCUGGAGGACGAUGAAGAAAUGGUCGGCAACUCAGGGGCUCUCGCGAAGGAUGUAAAUGCGUUAUUAGAAAGCUAUAACGAGUCCAGGAAGGAUUUGAACUUAACGGUGCGGUUCCUGUUCGGUCUGGUAAGCCAAAAAUCGAUAGAGUACAUGGACAAAAUCAUCGGGUGCAGAAUUUCACCGCGAGCCAGGGAAGAUAUGCUGAAGUGGCUUCAGGGGAGGCACAGUGGCAUCUCCCAUCCCGGCCAAGUGCAGAAGGUUUCGGAGUUGGACACUUUCCACUUUUUGUUUGAGAUGAACGAGAAAAGCUUCGCGCAAAGUGCGUUAAGUCGUUUCACUGACAUAGACUUGCAGGACAUCAAGUUGACCCUGUACGACCAAAUGGCUCUUUCCUUCUGCAUCAGGCAGUGGGCUGGGCUGGGCUGCGUCUCCCUCCGGGGAUGCUCCUUCGACCGGCAGGAUCCCGGGGAGGAGCUGGCCGCCUCGGUGCCUCG